CUCUUUCUCUGUGGUCUAUACUAGAUUCUGGAAUUAUUCAAUACCGGUACUUCGAGUGGGGCUAAACAUCGAAUAAAUCAUAAUUAAUGCAAUUCAAUCAUUGGUACAUAUUAUGAUAUUAAAGUACUUGUAAGUGUAUUGAAACAAUGAACUGGGAAAAAAAUGCGUCGCCUACAAAACAGGGAGAGGAGAUACAUCUGAAAUAUAAAUUCAAAAAUGUUUCGGUCAAAACAUUAUGAAAAUUAUGGUAUGAAAAAAAGAAAUUACAAGUAAUAUUUCCUAUUAGCAAACUGAUUGACCAAAAUACCAUAACGAAAGUUAAAUAAGCAUAAUAAACGCUUCAACAAAACAAAACGCAUCAACAAAAGAUUUGCUGUUACAUGUGCUGAACGGUACAGAAGAAAAGAAGAUCCUUCUGAUUGGAAAAUACAUGUUCACUCAUGUAAAAUUUCAUUCAUAAAUUUGUGGCAGAAGUUGUAGGCAGUUUUUCCGGCAACCGAUAAGGGCAAAUUUGCUAUAAAACACACGACGUUAAAAGAAUUUAGUAAAUUUGAUGAAAGUAGGGUAAUGAAGCGCAAUAGUUAACGUUUUUAGGUAAAAGCAAUUUCAGAUGAAAGUUAUGCUCGUUUAUGACAGAGAAACAGUAUGUCAGCGAAAUGUGUAAUGAAGUGUCUUCUCUGCAGCAAUAUUUACAAUCACAUUUACAUAUGCACACAAACAAGAAACCGUAUACAUACGAUACAUGUUCUAUGGCAGUUCUUGAUAUGAGCACUUUAAGAAAGCAUUUACUAACGCAUAAGGGAGAGAAACCAUAUGUGUGUAGUAUUUGCCAUAAAGCAUUUUCUCAGAAGUUUGAUUUAAAGACACAUUUACUAACACAUACGGGAGAGAAACCAUAUCGCUGCGAGAUGUGCAGUAAAACGUUUUCUCAAAACAGCAACUUAAACGCACAUAUACUGACACAUACGGGAGAGAAACCGAAUGUUUGUGAUUUAUGCAAUAAAGCGUUUUCUAAGAGAGCAAAUUUAAAGAAACAUUUACUAAUACAUACGGGAGAGAAACCAUAUGUCUGUAGUAUUUGCAAUAAAGCAUUUCCUCAGAGGUUUGAUUUAAAGAAACAUUUACUAAUACAUACGGGAGAGAAACCAUAUCGCUGCGAGAUGUGCAGUAAAGCGUUUUCUCAAAACAGCAACUUAAAGGCACAUAUACUGACACAUAAGGGAGAGAAACCGAAUGUUUGUGAUUUUUGCAAUAACGCGUUUUCUAAGAGAGCAAGUUUAAAGAAACAUUUACUAAUACAUACGGGAGAGAAACCAUAUGUCUGUAGUAUUUGCAAUAAAGCAUUUCCUCAGAGGUUUGAUUUAAAGGCACAUUUACUAAUACAUACGGGAGAGAAACCAUAUCGCUGCGAAAUGUGCAAUAAAGCGUUUACUCGAAACAGCAACUUAAGGACACAUUUACUGACACAUACGGGAGAGAAACCGAAUGUUUGUGAUUUUUGCAAUAACGCGUUUUCUAAGAGAGCAAGUUUAAAGAAACAUUUACUAAUACAUACGGGAGAGAAACCAUAUGUCUGUAGUAUUUGCAAUAAAGCAUUUCCUCAGAGGUUUGAUUUAAAGACACAUUUACUAAUACAUACGGGAGAGAAACCAUAUGUCUGUAGUAUUUGCAAUAAAGCAUUUCCUCAGAGGUUUGAUUUAAAGACACAUUUACUAAUACAUACGGGAGAGAAACCAUAUCGCUGCGAAAUGUGCAAUAAAGCGUUUACUCGAAACAGCAGCUUAAGGACACAUUUACUGACACAUACGGGAGAGAAACCGAAUGUUUGUGAUUUAUGCAAUAAAGCGUUUUCUCAAAAGAACAACUUAAAGAGGCAUUUACUAGUUCAUACAGGAGAGAAACCGUACGUAUGUGAUUUGUGCAAUAAAUCAUUUUCUCAAAUGGGCGUCUUAAAGCGGCAUUUAUUGACACAUACGAAAGGAGAACCGCAUGCUUGUGAUUUAUGAAAUAAUGUGUAUUCUGGAAAGGAAAGUUGAAAUAAAGGAACAUUUAUUGACUCAUGCGAAGGAAAAGCCUUUUGUGUGUGAUGACUGUUAUAUGGCGUUUUCGUAUCAGACAACUUGAAAGAGACAUUUACUACAAUAGAAGAAACAACAAAUAAAUAGACUUUAAAUUGAUGUCGGUGUGGUGUUUAUUAGAGGUUUUUCUCUCGCAGUUAGAAAAUAUAAUUUUUUAAAAUCUGUGAAAUAGCUUGUACUGAUGUUUUUUUUUUUUUUUAUUAUUAUUAUUAUUAAUGUUCGUGGAAGAGAAAACACGUCCAUGAACCUUAACAAUGAAGUGUAUUUUGAGCAGCGGAAUUAAAAAAAUACUGAAAACUCAAGUUAAAGAAAUCAUUAUUUAUGUAAUAAAUAAUAACGAGUUCAGCAUGUGUACACCUGUAACUUGCUUAUUAAAAUAUUUUUUGAAACUUCUUUAAGGAAACAUUUUUGAAUAGAUACGAAAAUUAAGCCGUAAGAAUGUGACUUGUAUUAAAACAUUUUCUGCGAUAUGAAAAGAAAUUACAUGUAAGGAAGAGAAAUCGUGACAUUUUUUCCUCUCUCUCUUCUGAAGAAUGAUUUGAAGAGUGCAUUUUACUGAAUACUGUAAGAAUCUUCGUAUUUAUGAAUUAAACAGUAAGAUUAUAUGACUUUUCUGUGCAGGACAUUUCCAUGCCGAUCAUAAAACUAUCAGUCAAUGGUUUUUUGAAAUCGGGUAGUGUCACUGAAAAUAUUUACUUCUGUAAGAGGUUACAACCUUUUAAAUGUUAUCUACAAGAGUGAGAUUUGGCGAAAUUUGACAUUUUUAGUACAUUGUUGGAUAUUUAACGACAUGGCUCUUUAUAGAAUCUCUGUAAUUUCCACAGUCUGUUUUAUGA